AUGGCCUAUUUCUCUUCAUCGGACGAUAGUAACGGGCCAUCACGCUACAUGACACCCCCACCCCGCCCAUACACGGGUAUGACGAGCAGCGGCAAUCCGGCGCCGUAUGACGGCACCGGCGCCGGAUACUACUCCGAAUCGAUCAGCACCUAUUCGCCUCAACAAGGCGGAUCGGAGGGACACUAUUCGCAGCCACCUCCGUCUUUCCACUCUCAUGGAUACGAUCGAUAUGAUGCUUACAACGAUGCCGCUCAUCGGCCGACCCGAGUGACCCGAGGGCCAGCAGGCGCCGCCGAUGGGAUCAGUCAACAAUACGAUCCUUCGCUCGAUCGACAACACGACCACGCAGCCGGUCGACAUGCCACGAACACAUUAUAUCAGAACGAUCAAUACGUCGAAAGCUCGACCGUUGAUCUGAAUGCCAACACCCGACCUCUUCGAACCAAGAGGAGCGCAGCCCGAGGCGCGGUAGCGGAUCCCGGAGCGAGAAUGACUGGCGAUGCAGGGCAGUUCGAACCCGCGGACGAUGAGACCGUUGUACAAGAGCGGGACAUGGAAGAUGAUCAAUUUGAAGACUCGUUUGAAGGAAAGGACGAGUGGGAGCAGGUCAAGGAACAGGGCGAGGAAGGUGCGGUCGGCUCACCUGCAAUUUCGUUCGCUGGUGGUUUCGGAGCACCCCCACCCGUCAGUUCCAGCCGGGCCCAGGAUCUUCGAAUGCUUCAGGCUCCUGCUGACCACACAGACUUUUCGUGCAAUUCAUACCGUUCAGACUGCUCAUCUCCGUCGCAACUUGACCAAUCGAAGGGUCAAGUUGACACAAGGGAAUCUCGUCCUCGACUGCGCGAUUCCCACCCGACUCAGCGACUUCCUGCCUCGCAAGGGCGAGGAUGAGUUCAUGUUGACGCGCUACACUGCCGUCACCUGUGCAGUAGGUCAAGAAGAGAAUCUUCUGCGUGAUUUAUCCGUGUGUUGCUGAUCGUGUAUCCUUCGCGUGCUUUGCACAGCCUGAAGAUUUUAACAAGAACAGCUAUACUCUGCGCCCGACACUGUACAGUCGGCAGACCGAGCUCUUGAUUGUCGUCACUCUGUACAAUGAGAACGAGGUUUUGUUCUGUCGAACUAUGCACGGCAUCAUGAGUAAGUUGGCCUCCGCGACACUAUAAUAUCUUUGUCGUUUGAGUCGCAUAGCUCACACGCCAUGGUGCGCCGGCAUGCAGAAAACAUCGCGCAAUUGUGCAAGCGCAAGAAGUCGAACACUUGGGGGCCGGACGGCUGGAAGAGUGGGUUUAUUCAGGCGGACUUCUCCGGGAAAGCUCACUGAUCCUCAAAUUCGUUGCUUCGAGCAGAGGUUGUCGUUUGCAUCGUUGCCGAUGGUCGCAAGGCUAUACAUCCCCGCGUCCUUGAUUGGUCUGUCCGGGACAAUGGCUAGUGACCUUCUGUGGUUUGCACAAGAAGUUAAAACUUGUUCUCGUCUUUUGCAGCUUGUCGGCUCUCGGUGUUUACCAAGAAGGUUUGGCGACGAAUCAAAUCGACGAAGCGAGUGUGCAGAGCCACAUCUAUGAAUACACCACGCAGCUCAGUAUCGACCCAGACUUGAGGUUCAAAGGGCUCGAGAAAGGUAUCGUGCCGACUCAGAUCAUGUUUUGUCUCAAGGAGAAGAAGUAAGUCGACCCGCUGAACGUGUCUUGUCACAUUUCUGUUGUUGACCCAUCUCACUUUUGGCCUACCGCACGUCACAGCGCAAAGAAGCUAAACUCGCAUCGCUGGGCGCUGCAAGCUUUCGCUCCUCAACUCGACCCAAACGUCGUCAUGCUGAUUGAUGUCGGUACGCGCCCGGCUGAGCUGUCCAUCUACCAUCUCUGGAAGUGCUUUGAUCUCGACUCGAACGUCGGUGGGGCAUGCGGUGAGAUCUGCGCAAUGAAAGGCAAAUUUUGGACACAUCUGCUGAACCCGCUGGUGGCAGCGCAGAAUUUUGUGAGUUGACUAAGAGAUUUGUUCUUGUUUUGCAAGUAUCACCGCUAAACUGCGGGAAGUUGACAGGAAUACAAAAUUUCAAGUAAGAAGCGGGCCGCGGCGAGGAGCGAUCAAUCCGGGUACCUGAUUCCAUUUCUUCACACCUUCAGAUAUCCUCGACAAGCCGCUAGAGUCCAUGUUCGGAUACAUCACCGUUCUGCCAGGUGCCUUCUCAGCAUACCGCUACAUUGCGCUUAAGAACGACGAACUCGGACACGGUCCGCUCAACUCGUACUUCAAGGGCGAGCAUCUUGCGGGACACGAUGCCGAUGUGUUCACUUCAAACAUGUACCUUGCGGUCAGUUCUGUCACGUCAAUCUGACCCGUGAAGACGUCUUGUCUCAUUUGUUCAUCCUAUUGUAGGAGGACCGAAUACUAUGCUGGGAACUGAUCGCGAAGCGAGGACACAACUGGGUGCUCAAAUUCGUCAAGGUCAGUCCGCAGUCCGCAGCCUGUAUCAUCGCGUAGACAGGUGCUCAUCCUGUUGAAUCUCCACAGAGCGCUCGCGGAGAGACGGAUGUACCCGAUCAGAUUGCCGAGUUCAUCUCCCAACGUCGUCGGCAGGUUGAUUUCAUGCCUUGCGAGUGCAAAGGACAAGCACUGAUGAAUACGCAUGAAUCACAGAUGGCUCAAUGGAUCGUUCUUCGCUGGAUGCUACGCACUGCGCCACACCUUCUCUCUCACGCACACGACGCAUUCUCGCCGCAAGGUGUUUGCCCUGUACCUUCAGGCCAUUUACAAUUGCCUCAACUUGCUCGUCGCUUGGUUCGGCCUUGCCAACUACUGGUGCUUCUUGAUGGUGAGUACUGAGCGUGGCGAAUGCGUCAGUGAGUCAUCGCUAACGACGGCCCGGGGCGAGUUCUCUGGCAGAUCUUGACUUCGAGUCUCGAAGACCCCACCUUCAAGCUGCGAGGGAUCAAAUACGUCAAUCUCAUCGUGCAAUACGCCUACCAGGGCUCGAUCAUUGCUUGCUUCUUCUUGGCGAUGGGCAACAAGCCCAAGUCAGCCUAUUGGAAGUACCUAACGGUCAUGUAAGUUCUGUCCCGCUUCCGUCACUCUUCAUACUCCUGUCCAAGAAAAGAGCUAACAUCGUGACUUAACCGGCCUCAACGCAGAAUCAUCCUCGGCCUGACAACGGUGUACAUGGUUGGCGCGACCGUAUUCUGCACCAUCAAAGCGAUUCAGCUCAUGCACAGCAACCUCAUCAUGUUCCAAAUCGUCGUCUCGAUAGUCGCAACCUACGGUUGUUUUGUCCUCUCCAGGUGAGUUGAUCGUGCGAGAACUUUUCGGCUUCAAGCUUCUGGCAGCUGAUGCCAACCUCUUGGCCACAUCCCUUCCGACAGUCUUAUCGCUAUGGACCCAUGGCACCUCGUCACCUCGAUGUUUCAAUACAUCAUAUUUUCGCCCGUGUCGAUCAACCUGCUCAACAUCUACGCGUUCUCGAAUUGUAAGCCCUACCACGUGCCGCUCCUCCUUCUAUUCCUGAGAUAACAGAUGAGCUCAUACCCCACCAUCGCAUUGCAGUGCAUGAUUUCUCUUGGGGCACCAAAGAGCUGACGACGCAAGAACAAGACCUCGGCGUGACCAAGAAGAUCGGCAAGGACACCGUCAACAUGACUCUGCCCUCCGAUCAAGCCGAUAUCGACGUUGCUUACGACCGCUCAUUGCAUAACCUCAAGACAAGACCGAUGAUCGUUCCUCCGACGCUCAGUCAGAAGCAGCGCGAAGAGCAGAUUGUCGAGUACUACCAAUCGGUCCGAACCAACAUCCUCUUGGUCUGGGUUCUGAGUAAUGUGAGGGUCGUAUUUCAAUCGAGCUUGGUGAUGCUCGAGGACUGACAUCGUCUCCUGAUCAUGACUUUGUUAGGGUCUCAUUAUGUCGACCGUCCUCCAAGGAGAUUAUGCUUCCACUUUUACCGGCGGGCAUGGCAACGGUCGAACACAGAUCUACAUGGUUGUCGUCCUCAUCCUCGUCGCCGCGAUGGCGCUCAUCCGUCUCGUCGGCUCUACGGCAUACACCAUCGACCGAUUCGUUCGUAUAGUCGGUGGGAGGUACCAGUCUCGAUUCGGGCGCAAAGCAGCGGGGGCAAAGGGGGCACGAGGAAGCGCUAAUCUGACCGAGCCGAGGGGGAUUCGAAGGAUCAAGAGUUCUACGACCCUCGGCGGAGCCACGGCGAUCGGUGCGAUGGACGACGAUCACGAGAAGACCUACUUCGAGGACGAGGAGGAGGUUAUGGUGGACGAAAAGAACUACUAG